AGUCGCAACAAGCCAACAGCCUCUUCUGCUUUUGUAGAGAGGCCGCAGAAAUUUGUUUCCUUUCAUUCAAUUUUCUGAUUCCGGACCGAAUGAAGGGUUUUACUUUUGUGGGUUUUUGUUCUUGAGGAUUCUUCUGAUCUUAUCUCGAAAAACGGAGAUUUUUCUUUUUCUUUUUUGGUUUUUUCAAGAGGCAAAGGAGGGGAUGGGGGAUGAUAAUAAUGUGCUAAAUACUGAUGAUUACUCCUUGCUAAAGGAUUUCAAAGUGGAGAUUGAAGCUGAAGAAGGGCGUUUCUGUCUCUGCUUUUGGGUUUAUCUUUUGGAUUCCACUGCAUUUCCCACUACCCUCAUUACACAGGUGGACUCGGAGAUAAAUGGAAGUGCUCCUUUUCUUGUUCUAAAUGAAAAGAAGAAAAUGACAAUGUUGCCUUUGACCUUUUCACACAAGGAAGCUUCUGAUCCUGCAAAUACCAAUUUGUGGACAGAAGUUCCAGAAGUGUCUACAGAGAAUGAAUUUCCUUUAGGACAGUGGAUGCAUGUUGGAUGUGAAGUUUCAACUGAUUCUAUUCGGCUUCACAUUGAUGGGGAAGUUAAGGGAGAGCAGCAUCUUCCUGCAUUGUUGGACAAAGAAACCAAGUCAAAUGGUUUAAGGAAGAUAACAAUACUUUCAGUUACUGAUGAUAACAAUGGGGUGCAAGGUUAUAUCCACAAUGUAAAAGUUUUGCCUUCAACCUUGUCUAUUAAGGAUCACUAUGCUAAGGAUCCACCUUUACAAUUGUCAAUCAAUAAUUCAUCUGCUUCUGAGAUUGAAGAAGAAAGUGAUGGUGUUUGGAGUAUAGUGGGUGGCAAGGCAUCUUGUCGCAGGAUUUUCUCCUUGGAUGUUGUUUUAUUGAAUGCCUUGGGCCAGCCUGUAGACAAGGAAGCUGAGGUUGUUGCUUCGCUUGUGUAUGCGAAUGAUGGAUCGCCUGUAGAGAAGACGAAUGAUGAAGAAGCACCCCUUUUGGCAAGCUAUGAUGGAAUUGAAUUUGCCUCUUAUGAUAGACCAAGUAAACUAGUGCAAGGGCGUGCAUCCUUCAAGCUCAAGAUAUCCCAGGUGCUCUCAUCCAAGUGUGAAAACAGGCUCUUCUGUGUAAAGUUUGAGAUAACAAAAAUUGAGGGUUAUCAUUUCCUCCAGGCAUUCUCUCAUACAAUCCGUUGCAUUUCUCGGAGUCGCAAUACAAGAACAUCUACUAUUAUCUGGAAAAAAACCUCUGCUGUACACCCACUCAACGGAUCUCAAUCCAAUGGAUUAGAUGAUGCAUUGUUGGAACUUCAACACACUACUGUUCAUGAAGCAAAGCUUAGUCCCUCAUCAAAGCGGGUCAGAUUGGGAGGGGCAAAGAUGUUAAGAAUGAACCAACCUGACGAGGAAUGCAAUUCUAGUGCCUGGACAGCUAAUCAGGUUGUGAAUGGUUUUGGGUCGAGUUUGGAUGGGAGACCUGGGAAUUUUGAAGAAGCAGGCAACUCAUCUGAUUCAGAGAGCACUGAACCAAGACAACCAACUUUAAAGGGUGUGUCGAGUGGAAAUUCAGUUUCAGAUUUAACAAUUUUCAGAUACUGUCUAGGAGGCUUGACUGAGAGGUCCCUUUUACUUAAGGAAAUUGCAACCACUGCUUCUGAUGAAGAAAUUUUGGAAUUUGCUGACAAGGUGUCCCUGUAUUCGGGGUGUUGUCAUCACAGGCAUCAAAUAAAAGUUUCAAAGCGAUUGAUUGAUGAAGGAAUAAAAGCUUGGAAUUUGAUGUCACAAAACAAUCAUCAAGUUCAGUGGGAGAGUGUGGUUUUUGAGAUUGAAGAGCAAUUCAUGAGGAUUGCUUGCUGCACUACAAGAUCUCUCUCUCAGCAGGAUUUUGAGGUAUUGAGAAAAAUUGCUGGAUGCCGAGAUAACUUGGCUCAAGAGAACUUUGAGAAAAUGUGGUGCUGGUUGUACCCUGUUGCUUUUACAUUAUCAAGAGAUUGGAUAAACAGGGUGUGGAAAUCUACAUCACUCAAGUGGAUAGAAGGAUUUAUCACGAAGGAAGAAGCAGAACUCUCACUACAAGGUCCAAGAGGCCUUCAAGCGCCGGGGACAUUUGUACUUAGAUUUCCCAUCUCAAGGAGUUGGCCUCACCCAGAUGCAGGCAGCUUAAUUGUGACAUAUGUUGGUAGAGAUUUCGCUCUCCAUCACAGGCUGCUUUCUCUUGAUUAUGUAUAUAGCUUGGACAAAAGGCGGAUGAGUAAAGUAACACUACAAGAGAUGCUACUAUCAGAACCUGAGCUCUCCAAAUUAGGAAGGGUAGUAAGAAGUCAUUAGGCUUUGGUCAGGCUCUGGCAUUCCACUCCCGCGGCUGCUUUGUGGUGAUAAUUUUUUAUGUUCUUUGCUGCCCCCCUUCCCUUUUCUUUCUUCUUCUCUCUUGCCCUUUUAGUUACAUUUUAUGCUUCGAUUUACUACAUCUCAUUUCUGUUUCUUCCCUUUUUCAUCACUUCAAAAUCCCAACAAGGUUAUGGUUACAUUGUUAACAAAAGUUCUUUGAAGAU